AUGACUCCUUCAUUGGAGAUGCCAACAUGGUUCUACAUCGCCUUGAUGAUAAUGGCGGCCAUGGCCACGGACGAUGAAGUCAACCGGUCAGCCAUCGCCUUGCCGGGCUGCUCGUACCAAUGCGGCGGAGUCGAGAUUCCAUAUCCAUUUGGACUCACUCCUGAAUGCUCCCUUAAUGAGGCAUUUCUCGUCACUUGCAACACCUCGAUUCUUCCCAACAAGCCAUUCAUUGAGGACAUUCCGAUCAUGAGUGUUUCAGUGGAAGAUGCUGAUUUGGUUAUCGAAAAUCUUGUGGCUAAUUAUUGUUUUGAUGGCAAAGGAAAUAUCUCCGGCCACAAUGAAACGCUUCUUAAGUUUGAUAAGUUCACGAUCUCGACGAAGAAUAUCUUCACCGUCGUCGGUUGUAGUACUGUUUCGAUGAUCGGAGGCAUCCUCCAAGAUGAUGAGGAUUACUUGUCGGGUUGUGCUUCAUUUUGUAGUAGCUAUCGGAAUAUGCCGAACGGGACGUGUUCCGGUGUCGGGUGUUGCCAAAUGACAAUUCCUAGUGGAUUAAAACAGAUGAAUUUGACUGUGGUGGGAAGCGAUGUGACGAACGGUUCGGAUAUAUUUUCGUGUGGGUACAGCUUCGUGGUGGAGGAGGGUGAGUUCAGGUUCUCGCCGGCUUAUGUUCCACACUUCCCGAACGCCACAGUGCCCAUGGUGUUGGAGUGGUCCAUCGGCAAUGAGUCGUGUGAGGCGGCUGCGGGCAGCCAAGGGUUUGCGUGUCAGGGAAAUAGUAGCUGCCUGAACCCUGGUUUCAUGGGGGGCUACCGCUGCAACUGCUUGCAGGGAUUCACUGGGAAUCCAUAUUUGCCACAUGUUGGGUGCCGAGUAUUUGUUUGUUCAGACAUAAAUGAAUGUGAUGAUCCAAAUGAAAAUGAGUGUACGGAUAUAUGUAUAAAUACGGUAGGAGGUUAUCGAUGUGAAUGCCCAAAUGGAUACUCCGGCAGUGGCAGAAAGGAUAGCAAUGGCUGUGUUCCCCGCCGCCGGUUUCAUACUCUCAUAUUAGUUUCUGGUAUCGCGCUGGCAGUAAUGGGUGUGCUUGUAAGUUCCUCCUGGUUCUUCAUCGGCUUCAAGAGAUGGAAGCUCAUCAAACUCAAAGCUAAUUUCUUCGAACGAAACGGCGGAUUAAUGUUAGAGCAACAGCUUUCAAUCCGCGAUGAAGCCAACCAAACUGCAAAGAUCUUCACCGCAGAGGAAUUACGGAAAGCCACUAACAACUACUCCGACGACCGAAUCGUCGGCAAAGGUGGCUUCGGAACCGUCUACAAAGGCAUCCUCCCUACCGGCGCCGCCGUCGCCAUCAAGAAAUCCAAGGUUGUCGACAACGUUCAAAACAAGCAGUUCAUCAACGAAGUCAUCGUCCUCUCGCAGAUCAAUCACCGCAACACAGUCAAACUCUUAGGCUGUUGCUUGGAAGAAGAAGUUCCUCUUCUCGUCUACGAAUUCGUCCCCAACGGUACGCUCUUCGAUCACAUCCACAAGCGAAAAUCGCCGCGGCCGAUUCCUUGGAAGAUCCGCCUUAAAAUCGCAUCGGAAACCGCUGGAGUUCUCUCCUAUCUUCACUCAUCGGCCUCGAUUCCGAUAAUUCACAGAGAUGUGAAGUCCACGAACAUUCUCCUCGAUGAAAAUUACACCGCGAAGGUCUCCGAUUUCGGUGCUUCGAAGUUAGUUCCCUUGGAUCAGGUCGAUUUGAACACAAUCGUGCAAGGAACUCUCGGAUACCUAGAUCCAGAGUAUCUGCAAACCAGUCAAUUAACAGAGAAGAGCGACGUGUACAGUUUCGGCGUUGUUCUCGUCGAAUUAAUGACCGGAAAAGUUCCUCUAUCCUUCAGCCGAUCAGAGGAAGAACGGAAUCUGUCGAUGUACUUUCUAAUUGCUCUGAAACAGAAUCGGCUCAGAGAAAUCUUAGAUAAAAACUUGGGCAGCGAUGUGGAGUACGAGCAGCUGAAGGAAGUUGCGAGCCUUGCGAAGAGGUGUUUGAAAGUGAAAGGGGAAGAAAGGCCGACAAUGAAGGAGGUCGCUGCAGAGCUUGAAGGCUUGUUUCAUAUGGCGUUUGGUCAUCCAUGGAUGGUUGAUGAUAAAUCUCCAUUAGUUGAAGAAUCAGAGGCUUUGGUGAGUGAAGAAAAGGAAAAGCAGAAGGAAGAUCGUGUUGAUUCUGUUCGUCGCGAGGUUGAAUCUGGAACUGAGUGUACGGAAGGGAGUAACCGAUAUGAUAGCUUUCCCACUCACCAAAUGAUACCAAAAGCAGAUUCUGGGAGAUAAUUUGUAUCACUUUUAAGCUUCUCACACACGAUAGGGGAGUUUUUAAACUUUGUCUAUUUUUAAUUCCAUAAAUUUUAGUUCACUCGUUCUAACUAACUUUUUAUUAGUGAUGAACACUUCAAUAUAUAGUAGGGGUACGAGGUGCGACCUUGUCAUAAUUUCUAAUUCAUAGUUCUCGUCGGUUGUUCUCAGAUUCUCUAGUCAAGAUUAGUUGAAAUCUCUAGAGUAUGCCUCCAUAGAGUCAAUAUCGUUAAGGAGGCAAUUCUCGUGUC